AUGGCAACAACCACCACUAUCCGCACACUAGGGAAGCGCCUGUGCAGCGGCAGUGGGCGCAAGGCGACAGCGGCAGCCCGGACGCUGGCUGACCUCUCUUAUGGCAUAGACAACAAAACAGCCAUCAUAGCAGCCGGCGGCAUCCCGGCGCUGGUGCGGUGCCUGGGCAGCAAAGACAGCACCGAGGCAUUGCAGCAGGAAGCAGCCGCAGUUCUGUGCAACCUCUCUUCAGGCAGCCCCGACAACAAGGCAGCCAUUGCAGCAGCCGGCGCAAUCCCAGCCCUGGUGCAGCACCUGCGCAGCAGCAGUGAGCAGAUGCAGGAGGUAGCAUCCACUGCGCUGCGGAAUCUGGCCUGUGGCCCCGACCAUAAGCUGGCCAUUGCGGCAGCUGGUGCCAUCCCAGCACUGUUGCACUGCCUGCGCACAAGCAGCAGUCAUUUGCUGGAAGCAGCAGCCGGGGCGCUAGGCAACCUGGCUUACAAAGCACCUGACCACGGCGCAGCCAUUGCGGCGGCAGGCGGGAUCCCGACACUUGUUCGGCAGCUGCGCAGCACCAGCAGCCAUGGUGUGCAGGCAGCAGCAGUCAUCGCGCUUGGAAACCUUUUGACAGCCUACCCUGCACACAAGGCAGCCGUUUCAGCAGCUGGAGGCAUUGCUGCCCUGGUGCAGCCUUUACGUAGCAGCGGCAGCGAGGAGGUGCAAGCUCGAGCAGCUGAUUUGCUCGGCAUGCUGGCCUCUGACAGCGCCGACAACCAGGCUGCCAUUGCAGCAGCAGGCGCCAUCCCAGCCCUGGUGCGGCACCUGCGCAGCAGCAGCAACGCGGUGCAGGAGCAAGCCGCCAGCGCGCUUUGGAGCCUCUCUGAAGGCAGCCCUGACAGCAGUGCAGCCAUUGCAGCAGCUGGCGGCAUCCCUGCUUUGCAGCAGUUGCACCGCAGCAGCCCAAGCGACACGGCACGGGAGGCUGCAGCUGCUGCAUUGCGAGGACUGGCUGACAACGGCCAGGCUGCGGCUGGCGUGCCCUCUCCUGAGAGCGCAGCAGAAGGGAGUGCGGCGACUGCAGGCGACCCAGCAGCAGCACUCACACCCCCGGUGGUUGCCUUAGGUGCAGCAGAGCCUGCUGGCCCCACUGUGGCAGCAACAGCUGUUGCCAGGGUGUGUGCAGCUGAUGGCUGCGCCAACACACGUCGUCUGAAGCUAUGUACCGGGUAA